AAUAAAUAAAUAUCUGUGUAUAUGGAAAUUGUAUUUUCUCUCCCUCAGGCUGCUAGAGCCAACUUUUUGCAAUCCAUUAUGCAAUCUUUUCACUCCACUUACAUUUCCCUUUGGUCUUAUUUACCCCAUCCUUCCAAUUGUUUAUUGAAUCUUGAUGGGUUUUAUGGAGAGGAUGAUGAUCGGAAGAAGCAACCCAGCAGUUCUUUGGGGAGUUUCGAACGAAGGCUUUUCAAUGAGUAUACCCAAUUGAUAUUUAAUCUCGAAAAUAGCCUUGUUCCUGGUUAUGCGUUCAAGAACAACAUUUCUUUUUUAGAGGUUCAGGAAUCUGUACUUCAAACCCACUCUUCCUCUCAAAUCCAAAGGCAAUUUUAUGCUGCAGCUGGGAUUAAGAGUGUUGUUUUCAUGGGGAGCAGCAAUGGAGAAGUUGAACUUGGCUUCUCGGAGGUAAAUAUGGUAGAGAAGAUGAAAAAAACAAAUCCAUUAAUUCCCGGUUGGGAAGAAGUUUCAUCAAUGAUUGUUCUUCAAAACUCUGCAUCCAUAGAAGAAAUUAGCCCGGAGAGUCCUUCAUUGUUUUUGUACGAUGAUCUUUCUAAGAUAUUACUUCCGCAACCGCCAGCGCCACCGUCUGGAAAACCGCCGUGCUCAUCGUUGUUGGGAGGUUUGAGAGGGAGUGCUUUUGAGGAUUAUAAUGUGAAGAAGAAGGCGGCGGCGGUGGCGGAAGAUCAUCGGAAAAGGGAAAGUUUGAUGAAAAAAUGUAUAGUGUUUUAUAGAAAGUUGAAAAUAAUGAGGGGUGGAGAGAGAAUAGUGGCAAGGCUUCCAGCAUCGGCUCAAUUGCUUCACAUGAUAGCGGAGAGGAGAAGGAGAGAAAAACUCAAUCAAAGCUUUCUUGCCUUGAGAUCCAUUCUUCCUCCCCAAACUAAGAAAGAUAAAGCAUCGGUAUUGGCAACAACAAGAGAAUACUUAACCAAAUUGAAAGCACAAGUUUCAGAACUUAGCCAUAAAAACCAGAUGCUUCUAGAAGCUCAGGCUCUCCAUAACAGAAAACACGACCAAUCAACAACUGCCACCUCAUCCCUUAACGAACGGUUCACCGUUAAUGUUUCUUACGCGCCGCCGGGGUCAACGGAGGAAAUCAUAGAUUUGGAAAUUACCGUUAGAGGCGAUGGUCCGUUAAUGGCGGAUAUUGCAAUUUGCGUGCUUCAAUUCUUGAAGAAUAUCGUCAAUGUGAGGGUAGUUUUGUCAUUUCAUGCUAACCAUCAGACCCAUCCUUCUUCUCUCACCCGCCUCGGCUUCAGAUUUAGCCUUCAGGUUUGCUUCAUUUUCAGGGUUUUUUUUUUUCUAUUAAUUUGUUUUUAUAAUUUGUUUCAAAUAUUUUUAAAUUGUUCCCUUCUUUUUCCAUUAUACAGUUUUGGAAACAGUAAUUUUUUUGUAUUUAUUUUAUUAAAAUAAAAAAAAAUUACUUAUUAUAGUUUCCAUUAAAAUUAUGGGAUUAAAAAAACAUUAUUAUUGGAUUUAAAUAAAUAGUUAGUGAAACAUAAUAUAAAAUUAUUCUUCAAAAUAUAUACAAAUAUAAAUUAUAUCCUAAGGGAAAGAUACUAGGUAAUAUGUGUGUCAUCAUAUUACGAAUAUAUGUACCAUAUGGGUUUAGUCAAUUAUUUAAGGGUUUUUUAAAUAUAAAAAGUGUUGGUACUUUUGAAAUUUUUUGCUAAAUAUUUUUGGAAUUUGUCUAUUUAUAAGAAUUUU